CUAUCGGCAUCGAAGGCAGAAGGAUUUUGGAACCAACAUAUAGCUAGUGGACUAUUGUCUGCUGAGUAGGAGCUUCCCUCCCUAUCUUCUCGUACACAGGCUUCUUUAGCCACUACUGACACACGAUGACUUUAUUAAACUCCCUGCUGGCCUUGACCAACUUCAGGUCACCAUUCUUGCGUACUCUGGUCCCCAGCAUUGGACUUGCAUAUGCUGUCCAAGCCGGUGUUGCAGUUCCCAGUAUCUUCUUCCAGACGGAGAGGUUCUACGAUCUUAGUGGAUCAUUGACCUACCUGUCAUGCACGGCACUUUCUCUCUACCUGCCUACACUGAGAGCUAGAGCUGCGGCCGAGACCGUCUCUGCCGGCACUGCAGCACUCCCUCAGUUCCCUAGCUUGUUGGCUAGUCUGGUCAGCAAGGGUGGUGUCCAAGCGUGGAACUGGAGACAGGUUGUUCUCAGUGCUGCUGUAGCCAUCUGGGCCACCAGACUCGGUACCUUCCUCUUCUCCCGUAUCACCUCAGAAGACGGCCGUGACUCUCGCUUUGACGAGAUCAGAAAAUCUCCUCCCAAGUUCCUCGGUGCCUUCUUCGCCCAAGCCACCUGGGUGUCUCUCUGCCUCCUGCCCGUCCUCGCCCUUAACUCCGUCCCCGCUACUACUCUUUCCGCCCUCCCCUUCCUCACCCUCACCGAUGUCAUCGGCGUUCUCCUCUACGUCGGUGGUCUCGGCUUCGAAGCCACCGCCGACAAGCAAAAGAGCCAAUGGAUGGAGGAAAAGAAGAACAAGAAGCACAAUGAAGAUUUCUUGACCAGAGGUCUUUGGGGUAAGAGCAGACACCCCAACUACUUUGGCGAGAGCACUCUGUGGACUGGAAUCGCUACCGUUGCUGCUGGUGUGCUCAUGACCAAUGUUGGUCAGUCUGGUAUGGGUUUCAGUGGCAGUCUUGGUGCUAGAUUGGGUGCUUUGGCUAUGGCUGGUGUCAGCCCUGCCUUUGUCACUUUCUUGUUGUUCAAGGUUUCGGGUAUUCCUCUUAGCGAGAAGAAGUACGACAAGAAGUACGGUGACCGCAAGGACUACCAAGAGUGGAAGAAGAACACACCCAUGUUCUUCCCCAAGCUCUAAAAGAGUGGAGCUUGUAGAGGUAUACUUGAGUAUCCACAACUAGCCUUCUUGGAAGAUUGCAUGCCAUCUACCAAGAGUUUCACGCAAUUUGUUGCUCGAAAUGAGACGCAUGGCACCCACAGUACAUUACAAGGUCUCGACAAAUGUAGACAGAUGUUUGCCUUUAAAAGAGUGUAGUGUUUGAUUAAUGCUUAAUGGUUUUGUCGUGGUCGCGUAACGCUUCGUGUCGAUAAUUUUUUAUGUGCACCUCAAAAGUUCCAAGCUCACAAGCGGCGGACCGUGAAACAAAAGAUUGACCAGCAAGAGUACACCAUUCGAUCGAUCAAUCAAUCUUGGCUCCAGCCAGGCCUCUAG